GGCCGUUCGGUGUUCCGCUGCGUUGGGGAUCACAGGACGCAAAUCAAGUGAAACAAAUCUCCUGACAGAAGAAAAAGUUAAUGCUGGAGUUUUCAAAGACCUCAGAGGGACACAUGAAGUGCUAUCUGGAAGAUGUUGUGAGGAAACAUCUGGAAAAAUAACACUUAAAAAUCCAAGCUGAACAUGGAGAGUUUGACCAAGCCAGAGUUGCUGAUGCUCUUCAGCAUCCUGGAGGGAGAGCUGGAGGCCCGCGACCUGGUCAUCGAUGCCCUAAAGGCCCAGCGUAAAGAGCUGUUCAUCCAGGAGCGCUACGGCAGAUACAACCUCAGCGACCCCUUCCUGGCUCUGCAGAGGGACACCGAGGCUGUCGGGGGUCAGACCAAGGACCCAGGCUGUUCCUCCCCCACCUCCAACCCUCUGGUGGUUCUCAAGCUGGUGGUGAGCCACUGCAGGAGGAUGCAGGAGAAGAUGUUGGCCCAGCUGGCUGCAGCAGAGAGCAGGCACAGGAGGGUCAUUGCAGACCUGGAGGAGGAGAGGAGGAGGCACGCUGAGGACACAGCAGAGGGAGAUGAUGUCACCUACAUCCUGGAGAAAGAGAGGGAGCGCUUACAACAACAGCUGGACUUUGAGCGGAGCCAGGUCAGGCGGCUGGAAAAAGAACAGCGGCGGAUCACUGACCAGCUGGAAGAAGAACGGGCUCAGCACAAACAGCUAUCCUGCGCUUUGGCCAAGGAGUGCAAGUGGGCGAGCGCCAGAGCCCUGGAGGAGGGUCACCGGUUGACUGAACUGAGCCGCAAACUGGACAAGGAGAAAGAGGCUUGUCAGGCCAUGAGAAAGGAGCUGGAGGAGGAGAGGAGGAAAGCCCUGAGGAUGGAGGCGAGGGUGGAGGAGCAGCUGGCUGAGUUUGACACAGAGAGAGAGCAACUACGCUCACGUUUGAAGAAGGAAGAGGCUCACUGCUGUCAGCUUCAACAACAGGUAGAGGAGAUGAAGAGGAAGCUGCAGGAUUCAAAUCUGAUGACAAAUGUCACUGAAGUAGUCAAAGCUCCAGUGGAGACAGAAAAGGAGUGGGCCACAAAGGUCCCUCUGAGAAAGCAGGAGACCAUCAAGGUCGAGGACUUUGAGGAAGAAGGGAACCAUGAAACUGUGCUGCCAAAAGUCACCAAUGGUCACCACUGCCCGAUGGAGACAAACGGGCACCAUGGUGUGGGCACCACCUCAGAGAAGAUCUGUUUACAGAACGGGAGCGAAAGUCAGACCCAGACAUCCCCCUCCACCCACCCUCCGUCCUCUCCCUGUGCUUCUCCUGUCCUUGCCAAACGCCCACAAGGCAGCCCAAGCCCUGGUGGCUACCAGUCUCCCUACCAGGCUGGGAUAAACCAGCGCUUCCAUGCUGCUCGCCAUAAGUUCCAGGGCACUGUUGACCCUGAGCCUCAGCCACAGGCUGCACAGCCCCCCCUCUCCCCAAAGGACACCCCCCCAGUGUCCAACACCUCCCCAGAGGCCAGCCCGGUGAAGCAGAUGGCCAGGAGCACGGUUACUCAAGUCUUGUCUCGCUUCACCACGGCUCAGCAGAGCAUCGCACCGAAACUAGCAGCACAGAACAAUUCCCCCUUCGGUACGGACUACCGCAGCCUGGCAGCACCCCUAUCUCCCAUCAUCGGGAGAGCUGCAGGAGCACUCCCACAGGGGAUCAGGUCACCCACAAUCGCCCGGGCAGAGAGGGGCAACCCUCCCCCUAUCCCUCCUAAGAAGCCUGGAUUGGCCCAGGCCCCCCCUUCCCCUGCUGCAGUGCCCAGGUCAGGCAGCCAUUACUCGGACGGUCCCCUCUCAGGCAGCUGCGGCCUCACAUCGAGCCAGGAGGGAGUCAAAGAACUGGACAUGGUGGUCUCUUCUAAUUAACGGAUCAAUUCAUUGGUCAGUGAAUUAAUCAGCUGCUGCUCUGCUUGUUACAUGGUGCUUAACCCAUCUGUCAAUAUGAUUAAGAUAAUGUCCUGUAAAUGACUGAUUUUAUAUUCCAUCUUUAUACCAGAGGUCCAUCUAAACACUGUUACAGCUGUAUUUAUUAGAUUUAAGAAACAGAAGCCAGCUCAGUUUCCCAUAAUAACAAGGAAAUAUAGUUUAUUUACUGGAAAACGUAACUUAUUUCUUCUUAUCCUAGUAUCAAAAUGCAAGUUUGCUUUGAUAAAGCAUCUUGUUUUCUUGAGGAAUUGACACAUGAUGAUGGCAAAACCAGCUUUAUUAGCUGGAGAUAACAUGAAUAAGUCAAGCUCUCAAAAACAACUGGAAAGGAGAAACAGUAAAACAAUGGUUUAGAUACAUAUCUGUUUAGGGCUUCUAUAUUAAACAUUUAUUUGUUAAGUAAUUAUCUUAUCAAGUAGUAAACAGCCUGGUACUUAUAAGCAGUUUCAAAAGAUACUUUCAAAGUGCCAAUACUGUAUUUAAGGCACGUUAUAGUGUUAUUUUAUAAUGGCAUACUUCCAAAGAAUACCGAUGAUGCCAUCAUCUGAGUAGAGCAUAUCCUCCUCUUUACUCUGUUGCUUCCUAUUCCAACAAAUACCGUGUAUAUGAACUGUAAACUUUUAUCUGUAAAGACUAGUGUAACAAGCAGCUCUUGGAUCAAUGUUUGUAUGCACUCAAAUGUACUUAACUGUAGUUUUUAUACAUAUGUAUAGUUCAUUUUAUACUUUCCUUUUUUGUUAUUAAUGUAUAAAGAUGUUACAAAACAGAUCUAUGUAAUCUGAUUAGUGUAGAGCUGAGCUUCAUGUAUCACUUUAAUGUUGUAUAGAAGUGGUAAAUUUAAAAGCUCACACAGUAUGGAUGCGCAGAAAAGAGUGAGACUAAUGAUAAUUAUUUGUCAUUUAUAACUCAAUAAACAUUGUUUUUUUUUUUUUUUUUAAAUACCAACCAUGGCUUUUAAAAACACGCCAACUGCUAUGUUUAAAAAAAAUGGGAGAUCCAAAAGAAGAUUUUGUUAGAGGUGCACUUGUCAUAGAAAAAUAAAACUCAAAGAUGCCCUCUUUGAAUAAUUAGGAUACCUUUAUGGUCAGGAAGAUCUUAAAAACACAUUUUGAUGUGUUUCACCACCUAGCCUCUGAUUGGACUUCUGAUAAAUGGAAGCUAAAAUGUCCACAUUUAAGGUCAGUGUUGUUAAAUUAAAGUCAUGUUAUUUGUAAAGAGAAUCCCUUAGAGUUGUUUCCUUGUUAAUUCUCCAUAUCACAGACUGCUAUGUUGUUGAUUCUUUUUUAUUUUAUCAGAUCCAGUACUGUAUAUGCUGGAAAGUGACAGAUGUAAUAAAUUAA